AUCCAAGAUGGCAGACACAGGGACCGGCGGCUCUAGUGGCUCAGGCACGGUUUUUAAAAUAUAAAGACCGCCUAGAUGAACUCCUCUUUUGUUUUCCACCAACCAAGGAACCUGUCUGGUUCGCCCAAGAUGGAGGCAUUUUUGAAUUAAUAGCUGGAUCAUAUAAUUUCAAAAAUGGAGGAUCAACAAUUGUCUAGGACUUGCUUGUUCGCAUUGGUCCGAGGGGCACGGAAACCUGAAACACUCGCAUCACCUGACGGAGCCCAAUGUGAAUGUCUGCAAACCCUCCUCCAGCGUUCAGGUGGUAAACACUCUACCACCCCAGCAGAUAAUUACUAUUUGGCUCGUAGAAGGACCCUCCAGGUGGUGGUCAGCUCAUUGCUGACAGAGGCUGGGUUUGAGAGUGCUGAGAAGGCUGCUGUGGAAACCAUGACAGAAAUGCUUCAGAGCUAUAUUUCAGAAAUUGGGAGGAGUGCCAAGUCAUUCUGUGAACAUACUGCAAGGACUCAGCCAACCCUUUCAGAUAUUGUGGUCACCUUAGUUGAAAUGGGCUUUAACGUGGAAACGCUUCCUGCGUAUGCCAAACGGUCCCAGCGGAUGGUGAUCACCGCACCACCUGUAACAAAUCAGCCUGUGACUCCAAAAGCCCUGACGGCUGGCCAGAACAAGCCUCAUCCAUCCCACAUCCCUGGCCACUUCCCAGAGUUCCCAGACCCUCACACUUACAUCAAAACACCAACAUACCGGGAGCCUGUCCUGGAUUACCAGAUCCUACGAGAAAAGGCUGCUUCCCAGAGACGUGAUGUUGAAAGAGCCUUGACCCGCUUCAUGGCAAAGACAGGAGAGACGCAGAGUCUUUUCAAGGAUGAUGUCAGCACUUUCCCUUUGAUAGCUGCCAGGCCUUUUGCAAUACCCUACCUGACAGCUCUGCUUCCUUCCAAAUUGGAGAUGCAGCAGAUGGAGGAGACUGAUUCAUCUGAACAAGAUGAUCAGACAGACACGGAGAACCUCCCUUUGCACGAUGAUUCAGGAGCUGAGAAGGAGAAUUCAUCAGUCCUACAGCAUAACACCUCCCUUUCCGGCAGCCGAAAUGGAGAGGAGAACUUGAUAGACAAUCCCUACCUCCGCCCAGUGAAGAAACCCAAGAUCCGUAGGAAGAAGUGAGCUGUGGCCAUUGGAUGGGGUGGAAUAAGAGGAAGCCUUUGGCCCUCUAGUGGUCCCUGUGCUGUUGAGACGUCGCAUAGGAAAGGCAGAAAGACACUGCUGGUGGAGGACAAGUUGCAAAGGUGGUUUCUCCGGUUGGGUCUUUUUCUGCCCAGCAGUUUGAGAUAAUUUAAGGUGAAGGCUAAAACACUUGACCUGGAAGUGCUGAUGGCAAUGCAGAUUGAAAUCUAUCCCUCAGUUCCAAGGAGCACCAUGCUGUACCUUGCGGUACCCACCCAGCAUUUCUUUGUCUUCAGAUGCAUCUUCUUUUUGAGGACUGCAGGCAGAUCAGGAGACAAUGCAGAAGUCUUCCUCCCAUGUUGCCAGGUCUCCUGGAGCUCUAGAGCACGCAUCAUACCUCCUUUUUUGUUGUCUGCUUUCUGUACUUGUCCUGGGUUUCAGGCCCAGCCACCUUGCCAAAUAUGACAUGCUUGGAUGUGAGGUGGCCAAGGGUACCCAGCUGGAUAUCGACUGUUGUGCCUUUACAAAAACAGGCUGUUCAGAAUCACACCGUUCACAAUUUCCCAGUCUGUGUGUGCUUUGAGGCGAGGUUUUGGUCAGAACCCAUCUCUGAGCUGUUGGUUGAGCUGAGUGGAAAUUCAACCAUGGCAUCGGAGUGCGAAGCAAAGCUUCGCAGCAGAUCUCCUAACUGCAGUGCUCAAGAGCAAAUUCCACAAGACAUUCACAUCUGAAAGUGCAUUUAUCGUUCAGCAUGUUGAUUGUGGCUCGUCUGCCUUCACCUGGCUGAGAGCUCUUCGUUUUGAAUCUUCUGGCUGCACUUUAUGGCUCAGAGUAUUAGAUUUCUACUUCCAUAGCUCUACAGCGGCAGUAUUUCCACCUGCCUCUUGACUCCAAGUGAUGUUUGCAAAGACUCCAUUCCUGUCUGUGGUACAAGGUGGAGAAGAAUUCAAGCAACAUUUCAAGGGUCCUUGCUCUUUGGUAUGUCAUCUGUCUGAGGCAUAAACAGGUUUUCUUGCACAUAGAAAGUAUGCAAUUCAGAAAGUGCAACUGCUUCAAUGAGGGGCAAAAAAAGACAAGAGCUGCAGAAAGCAUCUUUUCACUGCUUUUUAAACUGACAGCAGCUGCAAU